AUGGCGGGAGGGAGGUGCUCCCGAUGGACUUUUUUUUCCCUCCUCAGCGCAUCUGCCUGAUCUGCUCUGAUGAAGCGUCUGGGUGUCAUUACGGAGCGCUCACCUGCGGCAGCUGCAAGGUGUUCUUUAAGAGAGCUGCUGAAGGGAAACAGAAGUAUCUUUGUGCCAGCAGGAACGACUGCACCAUCGAUAAGCUGCGGAGGAAGAAUUGCCCCUCCUGUCGUCUGAAGAAGUGCUUCGAAGCAGGAAUGACUCUUGGAGCACGUAAACUAAAGAAGAUUGGGCAGCUAAAGGGUCCGGAAGAGGAGGGUCCAUCUCUGGGCAUGGUUCCGGGCUCCGGUCUGAUUGAAGUGACCCCUCCAUCACCCAAACUGGGCCUGACCUUCCACUCCCAGCACGUGUUUCUGAGCAUCCUGGAGGCCAUCGAGCCUGAGGUGGUCAAUGCCGGACACGACCACGGUCAGCCUGACUCCGCCGCAGCUCUGCUGACCAGCCUCAAUGAGCUGGGAGAGAGGCAGCUCGUCAAGGUGGUCAAAUGGGCCAAAGGACUACCAGGUUUCCGUAAUCUCCAUGUGGACGAUCAGAUGACGAUGAUUCAGCAUGCGUGGAUGGGUGUGAUGGUCUUUGCUCUCGGCUGGAGGUCAUAUAAGAACGUAAACGCUCGGAUGCUGUACUUCGCUCCGGACCUCGUCUUCAACGAUCGGAGGAUGCACAUCUCCAGCAUGUACGAGCACUGUAUGCAGAUGAAGCACCUGUCUCAGGAGUUCGUGCUGCUGCAGAUCACUCAGGAGGAGUUCCUCUGCAUGAAGGCCCUCCUGCUCUUCAGCAUCAUUCCUGUAGAAGGCCUGAAGAGUCAGAAGUAUUUUGAUGAUCUGCGUCUGACGUACAUUAACGAGCUGGACCGUCUGAUUAAUUACGGGAGGAAGAGUAACUGUGCGCAGCGUUUCUACCAGCUGACACGACUCAUGGAUUCACUGCAGCCGAUCGUGCGGAAGCUGCACCAGUUCACCUUCGACCUCUUCGUCCAGGCUCAGUCUCUGCCCACUAAGGUCAGCUUCCCCGAGAUGAUCGCCGAGAUCAUUUCAGUCCAAGUACCAAAGAUCCUCGCUGGCCUGGCUAAGCCAAUCCUGUUCCACAACUGACACCAAGCCCCGCCUUCCACACCCAGAGUGGCCACGCCCACCCCUGCCAGUCCCGAUCCAGUUUGAUCUGGCUUGUUCCAGUCCGCAGCCCGGCCUGCACGGCGCUCUUCCUGUCAACGUUCUGCAGGAAGACCUGAAGAUACUCAUUUUUACUUUUAUGGGUUUUUUUUCCUCCUUUUCCUUCUCUCUCUCUCUCUCUCUCUCUUUUUCUCUCUCUCUCUCUCUCCCUCUCUCUCUCUCUCUCUCUGUCUCUCUCUCUCCCUCUCCCUCUCCCUCUCCCUCUCCUCCUUUUCUUCUUUUUUCGAAAAAUGUCUCUGAAAUCUGCCGAGGACCAUUACAUCAUUACACCAGUCUAUCUUCUGCUCCGAGAUAAUUUCAGAUCAUUUUCUCACGCUGGUAGUGCGGUGUGGAACAUCUCUCUCCUUCCCUCUCUCUCUCCUUCCCUCUCUCUCUCCUUCUCUCUCUUUUUUUCUCUAGCAUUUAUUCCUGAAGAGUCUGAAGAGCUACACCAUGUUACCUGGAAGAAGAAGA